AUGAACUUUGACAAUUUCAGGUCUUCUGCUGUGCUCGUCGGCUUUUCUCCGGGAGAAAGGGGGCGGGGCAUGUACGCGGUUCCGCUUCUUCUUUCGUCUGUUGUUGCUGCUGCGGAGUGUGAGCUAAGGUCGUCGUUGCUAGCCGUGGUUGUGGAGGUUUCAGAGCCCGUGAUCUCCACAAGUAGAGCGGGCUUCUCUCUCCCACGGUAUGGCCGCUCAUCGCGAGGGGCGUGGUGUUCACGGCGAGUCUCCGGACACUCCCUCUUGAGGUGUCCUGGUUUUCCGCAGUUGAAGCAGAGCUGCGGAGGUCUCUGCGGACACACCUUGGCUAUGUGGCCCUCCUGGUUGCAGUGGUAGCAGCGUACAGCUCCUGCUAGAAUCGGUGCCGGAGGACCGCGGCCGCCUCUGCGGGAGCUCAUUAUGAACGGUGCGCGCUU